GCGGGCAGAGGGAGGAGCGAAAUUGAAGUUCCCAAGGGGGCUGCUGUACCACCAGAUCAACAACGCUUCGCUCUAGCAGCCUUCCUCUCCUCGCGGGUCAUUACUUUCGAGGAGGCUCUGCAAUGCCUGCAUCCUCCGGUCCGAGUUCUACUGUGUACAUUUUUGAAUGAAAGCCCCGCUGAGCUCGUGCGAGUGACCGAAUCGUCAGCAUGGCGGAAGAGAUACCCGAGCUGCAAGCCGCCCUGCGAGAGCUGGAUCUGGAGUUGGAGGAGGGUGAUAUCACGCAGAAAGGAUACCAGAAGCGUCGUACUCUCCUCCUAUCGCAAUUUCUGGAUGCAAGCCCAGCUCUUGAGGUCAAUGCCGGAGGUCCAUCCGCCACAACACCGGAUCACGCACAGAAUACUGCUCCGCCUACAAUUCUCAGCAUUCGGCCCCCGACAGCGGAAUCUGCAGAUGCCAAUCAGCCCUUUGACAUCGGAAAUCGUAUCUCGCAGGGUAACCAAUCUCUAGGAAGCGACGAAUGGACAGCCGGAGAUGAGCAGAUGCACCUGCAUGACCCUCGUGGGUCGGUAUAUGACAACCAUGGAAUGCUGCAACCGAUGGAUCGGAUGCCAUCAUCGGCCUCGUACGACUCUCUGUUCCUGCCAAAGACGAACACAGUAUCCCCGCUGCCUCAAGAGGACUCAAGAACGGCUACAUUACUCAGCCAGAAUUAUGCCUUCAAUCCCGGUGCUCACCAUGAGUACAUGGAUGAGACACCGACAGCGGAGUACAAUACAUCACUCGGUGCGGCAACACGGCAAUCAACAAUGCUCGAGUCGCAACAAGGGUAUUUUUCGGAUUUUGCAGGGCAACAGAACGAAGAUUAUAGAGAUAGUUACGGAGGAGGCUUUCAUCGGUAUUCCCAAUCGGAUACGUUCUCUCCUACAGCGAACAUCCCUCCGCCGUUUAUUCCCGCUUCCGACUUCCCUCACGGGGCAGCGCUUGGUCACUUGCUUCCCCUAGAGCCGCGGGAUAUAGCAUUUCCGGUAAAUGACCCCCAUGACCAGAAUAUCGCCAUGUCAAAUUUUGACAAUAUCCCUGCCGUUCUCCGGCACCGCGCACGAACACAUCCGAAGCAGCCGGCAUACUGGGUUCUCGAUCAGAAGGGCAAGGAGAUUGCGUCCAUUACCUGGGAGAAACUGCACAGCAGAGCGGAGAAGGUUGCACAGGUGAUUCGCGACAAGAGCAACCUGUACCGUGGAGACCGUGUUGCCCUGAUAUAUCGAGAUGCCGAAAUCAUUGAGUUUGCAGUCGCUCUAAUGGGCUGUUUUAUCGCCGGUGUUGUCUCUGUCCCAAUAAACAGCCUAGAGGACUACCAGAGCCUGAACCUAGUUCUCACCUCCACUCAAGCGCAUCUCGCUUUGACAACCGAGAACAACCUGAAGAAUUUCCAGCGAGAUAUCACUGCUCAAAAACUGAACUGGCCUAGAGGCGUCGAGUGGUGGAAAACAAAUGAAUUCGGCAGCUAUCAUCCCAAGAAGAAAGACGAUAUUCCGCCGCUUGUGGUCCCGGAUCUUGCUUAUAUCGAGUUCUCAAGGGCACCAACCGGUGAUCUUCGGGGUGUGGUUAUGAGCCACCGGACAAUUAUGCACCAAAUGGCUUGCCUCGGGGCUAUUGUCGCGGCUGUUCCCGGUGGCUCUGGUACCCGGAAAUCGCAAGUCCCUGUAAGAACAGGCCACGGAGAGACAAUUAUCAGUUACCUUGAUCCAAGGCAAGGAAUCGGUAUGAUUCUGGGAGUCUUGCUCACCGUUUAUGGAGGUCACACGACGGUCUGGCUUGAGGAUCGAGCCGUCGAAACUCCCGGUCUCUACGCUCACCUGGUCACAAAAUAUAGAGCCACCCUCAUGGCCGCUGAUUACCCGGGUCUCAAGAUGGCAGCCUACAAUUAUCAAAAGGAUCCCAUGGCUACUCGACACUACAAGAAGAACUCGGAGCCUAAUUUCGCAAGUGUCAAACUUUGCCUAAUCGAUUGCCUGACUGUCGACCCUGAAUUCCACGAAAUCCUGGCUGACAGAUGGCUAAGGCCAAUGAGAAAUCCCAGAGCAAGGGAGAUCGUUGCUCCGAUGCUUUGUUUGCCUGAGCAUGGUGGGAUGGUGAUCAGUGUGCGUGACUGGUUAGGUGGAGAAGAACGGAUGGGUUGCACUUUGACCCAUGAGAUGGGUCCCGCCAAGCGAGUAGAUGAUAAGAAGGAUGAAAUAAAGUCUGAGAAGCCAGAGGGUAACAGCGGUUUUGGAAGCAGUUUGCUGGGUGGCGGCUCGCCUGCUCCGGCGCCCAAGGAGCAUUCGAAUAAUGAAUUAGGGGAGGCCCUGCUCGAUAAGGAGGCCUUGAAGAUGAAUGAAGUCGUUGUUCUGGCCAUGGGCGAAGAUGCAAGGAAAUACGCUGGCUCCAUCUCGAAGACUGUUCGUGUCGGGUCCUUUGGCUACCCUAUCCCGGAUGCCACUCUUGCGGUUGUCGACCCCGAGACAAAUCUGCUAUGCAAUCCGAACGUGGUUGGCGAGAUCUGGAUUGACUCACCCUCUCUUUCUGGUGGUUUCUGGGCGUUGCCAAAACACACAGAAACCAUCUUCCAUGCCAGACCCUACAAAUUCGAAGACGGUAAUCCAACCCCUGUUCUAGUCGAGCCCGAGUUCUUGCGCACCGGGCUUCUCGGCUGUGUGAUCGAGGGCAAGAUCUUCGUGCUCGGGCUGUACGAGGAUCGCCUACGUCAGAAAGUUGAAUGGGUCGAACAUGGACAAGAGAUUGUCGAACAUCGGUACUUCUUUGUUCAGCAUCUGGUUGUCAGUAUCCUGAAGAAUGUUCCAAAGGUCCACGACUGCACUGCAUUUGAUGUCUUCGUGAAUGACGAACAUCUACCCAUCGUAGUGCUUGAGUCGUAUGCUGCUUCGACAGCUCCGACCACUUCAGGUGGGCCUCCGCGGCAGCUGGACUCGGCACUUCUUGAAUCUUUGGCAGAAAGAUGUAUGGAAGUCCUAUACCAAGAGCAUCAUGUCCGCGUUUAUUGUGUCCUCAUCACUGCCCCAAGCACUCUUCCUCGUGUCACCAAGAACGGAAGACAAGAGAUAGGCAACAUGCUAUGUCGGCGAGACUUUGACGCUGGCACGCUACCUUGCGUCCAUGUCAAAUUCGGUGUGGAAAGAGCGGUCAUGAAUCUCCCAGUUGGGGUUGAUCCUGUUGGGGGUAUCUGGUCUCACACGGCUUCGUUGGCAAGACAGGAGAUGCUCGCCUUCCAAGACAAGCAAUAUUCCGGCGUCGACUACCGGGAUGUUGUCAUGGAUGACCGCACAUCGACCCCACUCAAUAAUUUUGCGACCAUCGUGGAUCUGUUCCAGUGGCGUGUCUCCAGGCAGGCCGAGGAGCUGGCAUACUGCUCAAUUGACGGGCGUGGGAAAGAAGGGAAAGGCAUUACCUGGAAAAAAUUCGACCUGAAGGUGUCUGCGGUUGCCACCUACCUGAAGAACAAAGUCAAAGUCCGCCCCGGGGACCACGUGGCGCUAAUGUACACCCAUUCGGAGGAGUAUGUGUUCGCUGUCCAUGCCUGUCUUUGCCUCGGAGUCGUCGUUGUUCCCAUUGCGCCAAUUGAUCAGAACCGCCUCUCAGAAGACGCGCCUGCUUUUCUCCACGUUUUGAGCGAUUUCAAAGUGAGAGCUAUCAUUGUCAACAAUGAAGUUGACCAUGUCUUGAGACAAAAGGUGGUUGCUCAACAUAUCAAACAAUCCGCUCAGGUGCUCCGCAUCGCCGUCCCGGUCAUCUACAACACCACAAAGCCGCCAAAGCAAUCCCACGGCUGUCGCGACCUUGGUUAUGUUGUCAAGGACACAUGGCUGCAUGCCAACCACCCAGCACUUAUUUGGACAUACUGGACUCCAGAUCAGAGGAGAAUAUCGGUCCAGAUCGGCCAUGAUACAAUCAUGGGCAUGUGCAAGGUGCAGAAAGAAACGUGUCAGAUGAGCAGCAUGAGACCAGUCCUUGGAAGCGUGCGAAGCACUCUUAGCCUCGGCUUUCUUCAUACCUGCCUAAUGGGAAUUUAUGUUGGUGCUCCAACAUAUCUGGUGUCUCCAGUUGACUUUGCGCAAAAUCCAAUGUCACUGUUCGUCACUCUUUCUCGGUACAAGAUUAAGGAUACGUACGCCACCGGGCAAAUGCUGGACUAUGCCAUGAGUACCAUGGCUGGAAAGGGGUUUCAACUGCAAGAAUUGAAGAACCUGAUGAUAUCUGCGGAAGGAAGGCCACGCGUGGAUAUGUACCAGAAAGUGCGCCUCCACUUCGCUUCAGCUGGCCUAGACCGGACUGCGAUCAAUAUCGUGUACUCUCACGUACUCAACCCUAUGAUUGUCACGAGAUCGUACAUGUGCAUCGAGCCAAUCGAGUUAUGGCUUGACCUUCGUGCCCUGCGUCGUGGACUCAUCGUUCCUGUCGAUCCGGAUAUUGAUCCUACUGCUCUCCUGGUCCAGGACUCUGGCAUGGUACCUGUCAACACCCAGAUAGCCAUCGUGAACCCGGAAACGUGUACUUUAUCACACGUCGGGGAGUACGGCGAAAUCUGGGUCCAGUCGGAUGCUUGUGCCAAGGCGUUUUACGGAUCCCGGCAAGAAUUUGACAUGGAACGAUUCAACGGCCGGGUCGUCGAUGGAGACCCCAGCGUGCCUUAUGUUCGUACUGGAGACUUGGGAUUCCUCCACACAGUCACCAGGCCUAUUGGUCCUGGGGGUCAACCCGUCGAAAUGCAGGUGCUUUUCGUUCUAGGAGGCAUUGGUGAGACGUUUGAAGUCAACGGGCUGAACCAUUUCCCCAUGGACAUUGAAGUUUCAGUGGAGAAGUGUCAUCGGAAUAUUGUCAACGGAGGAUGUGCUGUCUUCCAAGCCGGCGGCUUGAUUGUCGUGGUGGUCGAAGUGACAAGGAAAGCGUACCUGGCGUCUCUCGUACCCGUGAUUGUCGAUGCCAUUCUCAGUGAACACCAGGUUGUCGCUGAUAUCGUGGCAUUUGUCUCCCAUGGCGACUUCCCUCGCUCUCGCCUGGGCGAGAAGCAACGCGGUAAAGUCCUCGCCUCUUGGGUGACGAGAAAGUUGCGGACAUUAGCGCAGUUUAGCAUCCGCGACUCCGAUGGUGGCAUGGCGCAAUUCGCAGACAUGUCGCGGAACCGAAGCAGCCGGAGCUCGAAACCAGGCAGUAUCAUGGACAACAGUCUCCGCCGGUCGACGCUCGUGCCGGAAUCUGAUUUUACUGUGGCUUCCCGCUCUCCUGCGCCAGUACCGGAGAACGCUGCCGAAGCUCACCCAGGGUCAUACCUGGGACGGCGCGAUUCUAGUAACCCGCUCUCUGUUUCAGAUGGUGCCACGCCUUCGCUUUCCGGUGCUGGAAGCCAGCAGCGUCGGUCAUCGUUCAUGACAAGUGGAAUGCCCGCCGGCCCACUCGGACCCCCGGUCAUCGGGGUCACUCCCGACCUCGAUUUCAACUUUGAUGACUAUACCGAAAUCGCAGACCUCACGCAACCGGAGAGCCCGCACUACUCAGCCGGCUACCCUACUAGAGGGGAUUCACUCUCUAUGAGAGCCGGUCAGACGUUACGUGGUGCUGUCGACUCUGUUGGGGGAUCACAGGAUACAGGGUCACGACCUAGCACGGGCGAAGAGAUAAUCAAGGACUGGCCUCGGGAAGCACUGAUGUAUCAAUCUGCACUGGGGGCCGACAAUGCUUACGCCGAGCAGACGCGGGCUCCGAGCGGUAGCAGGUGAGCGGAAGAAGGGACGUAUGCCAGAUGGGUAUCCAAUCUAUCUAUUUUUCUUCUUUUUGGUCUUUUUUUGAACAUGUGCCUGGCUGUUACGAUUUAUGAGACGCAAAUGCUUCCAUGUCUAAGCCCCUGGUUGUUGUACAUACCUUUACCCCCCC